UUAGUUAUGAUUCUUGCAUUUGUCAAUGUCUAAUGCUUCCCUGCGGACCAAAGCUCCCAUCCUAAUAAACCAAGCCUGUUUUCUUGCUUUGCUGGAAAGAUGCAAAUCCAUGCCAGAGCUCAAGCAAAUUCACGCCCUCUUGAUCACCUUUGGCCUUUCCGACCACCACCCAUUUGCCUCCAAAGUCCUCUCCUUUUCUGCAGUCUCCAGUUCAGGUGACAUAGAUUAUGCUAAUCAGUUUUUCCUUCGGCUGUCAGACCCAACAAUCUUUAACUACAACACGAUGAUAAGGGCCUAUUCUAAUAGCAAGAACCCAAAUAAAUCUGUAAGUUUAUUUGUUGAUAUGUUGAGGGUUGGUGUCCUGCCGGACUACUUGACGUACCCUUUUCUUGCUAAGGCUUCUGCUCGGUUAUCGGAGCUGAGGCUCGGAGGGUGUAUUCAUGGAGUAAUACUGAGAAAUGGGUUUGUGUCUGAUCGGUUUGUUUCGAAUUCUUUGAUUCAUAUGUAUGGUUCUUGUGGUGACGCAAUGAGUGCCAGGAAGUUGUUUGAUGAAAUUCCUACUAGGAACUUGGUUUCUUGGAAUACAAUGUUGGAUGGAUACGCAAAGUGUGGAAAACUGGAUUUGAUGAAGGAAGUGUUUGGUUUGAUGCCUGAAAGGGAUGUUGUGUCGUGGAGCUCUUUUGUUGAUGGCUAUGUCAAGGGUGGGGAAUACAUGGAGGCGUUGGCAGUUUUUGACGGGAUGAAAGCUGAAGGACAGAAGGCAAAUGAAGUGACUUUGGUUAGUGUCUUGUGUGCUUGUGCUCAUUUGGGUGCACUUGAGCAGGGAAGGUUGAUGCACCGAUAUAUUGUAGAAAACAGGUUGCCUUCGACUCUUGUGUUGACGACAUCCAUAGUUGACAUGUAUGCUAAAUGUGGGGCAAUUGAUGAAGCAUUGGUUGUCUUUCAUGGGUUUCCAAAGAGAAAAACUGAUGUAUUGAUUUGGAAUGCCAUCAUUGGUGGGCUUGCUACUCAUGGGUUUGUUCAGGAGUCCCUUGAGAUGUAUGUUGAAAUGCAGAGUUUGGGGGUCAGACCAGAUGAAAUCACUUACUUGUGCCUUUUGAGUGCCUGUGUUCAUGGAGGUUUGGUAAAGAAGGCUUGGUAUUUCUUUGACUCUCUUAGUAAAAAUGGUAUGACAGCAAAAGCAGAACAUUAUGCUUGCAUGAUUGAUGUUUUAGCACGUGCAGGCCUAUUGUUGGAAGCAUACAAACUUGUUUCUCAAAUGCCAAUUGAACCAACUGCAUCCAUGUUGGGCGCAUUACUCAAUGGAUGCAUACACCAUGGAGAUUUAAAUCUUGCGGAAGUAGCAGGAAAGAAACUUAUUGAGUUGGAGCCUGAUCAUGAUGGCAGAUAUGUUGGCUUAUCAAAUGUUUAUGCAAUUGGAAGACGCUGGGCUGAAGCAAGAACAAUGAGGGAAGUCAUGGAAACAAGAGGAGUGAAGAAAUUUCCUGGCUUUAGUUUUGUCGAAAUAGGGGGAACCCUUCAUAGAUUUAUUGCACAUGAAAAGAUGCAUCCCAAAUGUGAACACAUAUAUAUGAUUCUAGAUGCCAUUAUAGCACAAAUGAGGCCAGAUACAGAUACUGAAACACAAGAACUUUUUUUAAAUCUUACUUUUUGACUUCUAGAAAAACCCUUCAGUUUUAGCAUAAGGGGCAUAUCCAGCUUGUAGUAGGUCUCCAUUGGAAAGAGCACUUGAUUAUCUAUCAGCUGUCAGUGCUACUGGAUUUAGAUGAUUAUGUGAGUUUGGAGAUGGAGAAUAUAGUCUUAUGCGAUGUUCUUUCUCAUGUUUUAGUCGUUUCUACUUGAGAAAUUCUGGAGACUAUUGGAGCUUGUCCUCAAUAGAAGAGAAAAAUGAUUGAGUUGUUAGGAAAUAUUUUAUUGUAGUUUCUAUCACCAAUUUGCUUGUGUAGGCACCGAUAUGGUAUUCGAAACUUUUAUAGGGAAUUGCAGAGGAAACUCUUUUAAAGAAAACAUCUCAAGGUUUGGCUUACAAGAUACAAUCCAGAGGCUGAACGUUGUCUGGUACAGAACAAGCAUUUUGUUUCCAAAAGAUGUAUAGGGCACUGAUCAUCUGAUUCAAUUAUGCAUCAUAGAGAGCAGGCAUCUCAUAUUGUCAAAUUCCUCAGCAGCAAAGAUAGUAUGGUUGGUCGGCUUGCGCUCUUACUUGGAAGUGGUCUCAGCAGCUUAGUCAAUAAAGAGGUUAGUGAUAUUCAAACUGCUAUAAAUGAUGUAGUUUGUGAUUUAUGAAUGGUUUUUAACUGUUGUCAAUGGUAUAGAAAUUACUUUCUGGAAGGACCUGAAAAAGGUAAGAAUUAAAUUCCUCGAGAUAUCAAUAAGUGCUCAUUGUAUAGGAGAGGUAAAUUGAUAGAUUUCAGUUUCUUGUUGGUUUUUAGCAUUUUGAGCUCCUUUUGUGUUAGAAGGUUGCCAUCAUGGAACAGAUUUACAUCAUCAAACAUUUUUUAGUCCACUCUAUGAAGUUAAAAAGAAGCUCAAUCACUUUCUGUAGUACUCAUCAUGGAUAACUAUGCUUUAAUCAUGUUCAUCAUUUCCUCAUCCAUUUUGAAACUAUAAUCUGGAUAAGCAGCAUGCGCUUAUAAUCUGGAUUGUUAAACCAGAUGCAUCUUCCUACUGGAAUUGGUGUAAAACGUUGAAGCUGCAUCCCAUUGCUAGUAAUUGUAUGCAGAUGAUUUUUGGGAUGGUCAGAUGACUUAUCUUUGGCAGGAUCGGUGGCAUUUCCUUGGACCCCUGGCUCAUGUUUUUUUUUUUUCACCUUGAUUAUUGGUGUAAUAUAAACUAAGAAACUGUAUAAUGAACAAAAUUAAGCAAUUGGUAGUUGAACAAUGUGUUUAUUGUGCGCAAAGUAAUUAAAAGUUUAUUGUACAUUC